AUGUCGAGGCGCCCGUUCGGCGAAGGUGCUGGCACGCCGCCGCUCGACGUGCCAGAGAAGUCGGUGCUCGAGCCGUUCUAUGUCACCUCGUCGACAUCGCGACCGGGAGGAAACAGGCAGCGGUCGUCCUCGCCUGGCAUUCUGGGCAGGAUUGGGCUGGCGCAACCUAGCUUGCACAUAUCCCUCGUCGAGGACGUCUUCUUCCUGCACCCUGAGCCCGAUGGAAGGCCGUCAGACGACGAGUUUGUGCGAGGGAACGUCAGGCUGUGGCUGCCGAAACCGCGCACGCUCAAGCACUUGACUGUCAGGCUCAUCGGCCGCUACGACAUCGGCUGGAACGACUCAACGCCUUACGAGAGCGGCGUAUGUCUGGAGCGGACGGUGUCGCUGCUUUCGGACGGCGAGGAGUUGCAGCUGGAGAAGGGCGAGCACACGUUCGAGUUCAUCAUCAUUGUGCCGGCCUCGACAGCUUGCUACGAGCGAUGUCAGUACGGCCGAGUACGGCACGUCAUCACGGCCAAGGCGAAGGGCAUCGGUCCUAUGGGCGGCGACAUCCUCAGCAACGAGAAGCCCGUCUUCCUGAUCGUCAACCCCGGCCUCGACGACGUCUCCCGCCCUCCGCCUCCGAUGCACCUCAAGUUCGAAGGCAGCCUCGAAGAGAUUGGGCCAUACGUGAUGUCGCUUCAGUCGGAGUUUUCGAUGGUCGGCGGUCUUCUCCUCUUCCGCCUCAACCUCCUCUUCCCGCCUGUAGACAUCUUCAUCUACUCGAUCAAAGUCAAGAUCAUACAGACAUUCCACCUUCAGUCGCCCGUCGACAAGAACCACGCGACAGACCCGACUCCGCACUCCCAAACCGUCUUCAUACUCGACUCGGCUCACCCGCCCAACUACGGCAAAGUUUCGGACGAAGGCCGAGGAGGGAAGAGUGGGACGCAGACACCGCGGAUGGGUCCGCUCAAGGCAUUGAGGAAGGACGAGAUGUGGAAGGUGCACCACCUCGCGCGGAUACCGAACGACAACCACCUCCGCCCGUCAACGCAGGAGGGGACGGUCACGCCCAUCUCCGUCAGCCACUCGAUACAUUGCGAGAUCACGUAUCGGCCGAUGACGGAGGACGAGGUGGGAACGUUUGACCCGGCGCAGGCGGGCAAGAAGGGCAAGGAGAAGGAGAAGGAGCCUGAGCGGAGAAAGAUCGUUAUGGCCAAGCCGCUCGACCUCUUCUCGUGCUGCUGCUUCCUCGAUUCGCUCACCCUGCCCGUCUACUCGCUCCUCGACCCGAACCCGAUGCCUCUCGAUGCCGAGCUCCAGCUGCCGUGCGUGUGCGGAAUGUCGACAAGAAGGCUCAUCGAGAAACACGCCAAGCACCUCAUGCUCGACGACGACUCGGACGCAACGAUCGAGUACAUCUCGCAGCCAAAGCCCGAAUCGAAUCCCAUGUCUCCCGUCUCGCCUACCACUCCUACCGACGCCCUUUCGCAACUCGCACUCGGCGAGUCGUCAUUGACCGACGAACCACAGCCUCUCACGCCUACCGAAGACGAGCGAGGGAGGCCGAUGGCGCGGCGAGUCAGUCCCGCUUCGUCGAGGGCGGCGAGCACGUCGGGUUUCUUCCGAGUCGGCUCGAGCAGCGACAGGCUCUUUGCGAUGACGGGCUGGCGGGCACCGUCACUCAGUGCGUCGGUGAGCGCGAGUGCCUCGAGGGAAGGCAGCAGGGCGGCGAGCAGGGCGAACAGUAGAGCGCAGAGUCGCGCGAACUCGCAGACUAGAUCCUAG